CCCUACCUCCGUGAUACCUACCCUGCUCCUAUCAACACCUCGUCGAAACUGUUGGCCCACUUGUGGGGUCAGUAUCACGACCCGACUACGGAGCAGAAGGCCCUCGACGAGUACGACAACCUGAAGUUGAGACCGGGUGACGAUUUCCUGACUUUCAAGAACGACUUCGUCCGCCUAGCCGGCGAGACUGGAAAGCCACGCUCGACCUGGAAGCACGAGUUUAACCGCAAGCUCUAUGACAGCUUCCAGCGCAGCAUGGUCCCCUCGUUUGCCAGCCCCGCCGUUACAUUCGACCAGUUUGUCGUCGAAGCCCAGCAGAUCGCUAUCAUCAAUAAACGCGCAUCCGAGCGUCAGGCCACCGAGCGCCAGACGACAAACCGACAAAAUUCGAACAACGCCACACGUGGCAGCCGAGGCGGAACCCGUGGACCCAGAUUUCUCCCGCGCAAGCAAGGCGCAACCGUGACGAAGCCGCUUUCGGCCGACGACGUUAAGCGGCUCUACGAGGAGGGACGUUGUUUUAUCUGUCGCGAGAAGGGUCAACUUGCCAACGACUGCCUACAGAAGGAAAAGAGUGACAGGCCACGU